UCAACAGCGUGCGUUCAUGAAAGGACGGUCGGUGUCCUAUGAAGGAAAGUAAACAGUGCAGCGUGCUUAUUACAAAAGUGCCUCACCCACUCACGAGGUCGGAGUCCUUAGUGGGAUCGGUGCUAUUACUUAUGUUUGUCAUGAUUUUAGAGUUUAUGUCGAAGUCGCCCGUUCAAAGGGGGACGUUGUACCAAAUCAAGUGGUAGCUUGCUUAAUCGAUGGGAAUUCGGAAUGGAUCUUCAGGAAGAAAAUAAAUCUAUUUCUUCAAAGUGGCCGCGGUCCACAAAGUUCGCCUUGUCGGCUUGUGCAGCUGCUGUUGCUGAAAUAGUGACAUUCCCGCUGGACUUGACGAAAACCAGACUUCAGAUCCAAGGCGAGGCAGCCCUCCGAAAGCAUGCGGACGGAGGCAGAGGUCAGACGGCGUACCGGGGGAUGCUGGGUACUGCCGUCGGGAUUGUGCGUGAAGAGGGUCCGCUGAAACUAUGGCAAGGGGUCACACCAGCCAUCUACAGACACAUAGUGUAUUCGGGGGUGCGGAUGGUUGCCUACGAGCAGCUCCGGGAUUCGGUGCUGGGCAAGAGCGCAGACGACAGCUUUCCGCUUUGGAAAGCCGCGGUGGGGGGCAUGGUGGCGGGGGCCGUGGGCCAGUUCAUGGCCAGCCCCACGGACCUGGUGAAGGUGCAGAUGCAGAUGGAGGGGAGGCGCAGGCUGGAAGGAAAGCCCCCCCGGGUGCACGGUGUGUUCCACGCUUUCCUGAAGAUCGUUUCUGAGGGAGGGUUCCGAGGCCUGUGGGCGGGAUGGGUACCCAAUGUGCAAAGGGCUGCCCUGGUCAAUUUAGGAGAUCUCACGACUUAUGACACAGUCAAGCACUUCUUACUGAGAAAUACCCCUCUCAAAGACAACAGCCUAUGUCAUGCUUUGGCAAGUACCUGCUCAGGUUUGGUAGCAGCUACCAUGGGGACACCUGCUGAUGUCGUUAAAACAAGAAUUAUGAACCAACCUAGAGACAGCAAUGGCAGGGGGAUACUGUACAAGUCCUCCACUGAUUGCCUAAUGAAGUCAGUUAAAGGGGAGGGGCUCCGGUCCCUGUAUAAAGGAUUUCUUCCUACAUGGAUGAGAAUGGUAAAUGCAGCUCCAUGUUUUGCUUCAUUUUUUAAAAGAAAUCUACCUUGGCAGUAUUCAAGCUUUGUCCUACAUCUAUUUAAUGCGUGCUGCCCUCGCUGUUUGUUUGGUAGGCUCCUUGGUCCAUGACAUUUUGGCUGACCUUUGAACAAAUUAGAAGAGUGUUAGGCGUCAGCUCCUUUUGAAGCUGGAUUGUUCGUUGGUCGCCCUGGCCUCAGUAGUGGAUUCUACAGUACCUACGUGAGUCCCUGUCCAUCAAAUGACACUCCAUUCAAUCAAUGGACAAAAGAUAGCAGCAAAUAAUAAAAACUGUCAGUUUGUUUCC